AUGAUCUAUUCAAAUGAUGCGGGUUAUCCAACAUCAAUGCCUGGCUCGCCCCCCGAAUUAACGGGAUCGAAAUCCUCCUCAUUUCAUUCCUCGUACCAAUCCGAUAACGAUGAAAUUCUCUCCGAUGUCAAUCAUUUCGAAGAGAUUGGACUCGACGACGAAUCAAGAAUUGACUCCGACAUUGGGGAAUUCGCCGUCAAAAUGUCGACAAAUCCAUACUCUUCAACAUUCACAACUGACCUGCGAAGUCAAGCAAAGCAACAGCGACAACAACAACGAACUCCCAUGUCUGCCACACAGGGGAAUACUAGAAUUCCACGAGAUUUGACAUCGACUACAAAAGGUCGUCAGGGUUAUCCAACAUUGAGGUCACAGAUAAGAAAUGCGGCAUCGGAUGGCUUGGCCAUUGUUCCUGUACCCAGUUCAUCAGCAAAAACCAGAAGAGGAUUGAGUAGCCCCAGUGCACCUGUAUUAGCGACUACACUUACACGACAGCGAAGUUUGAGCCCAAAUAUUAGCGCAAGUCCAAGAAGUAGUAUAUCCGGAGCUUCCGCGAAAGGAAGAAGAGGCAGUUGGGUUUCGAAUCGAGAACGAAAGACUAUACAAGAGUUAGAAAAGGAAUGUGAUGAGGAUGAUGGAGAUGAUGUACCCGAUGAAUGUCUUUUGGAAAAUGUGCCAAUAUCGCCGCGGCCUCCACAAGAACGAACGAGUGCUGCACCAUCAGCAUCGACGAGUCCUGAGAGACCGGCGAAGGAGAAAACAAAGCCACUUGGAAAUGGAACUUCUGCCAAACCGGCAGAACAGGGAGAACUUAGAUCACCACGAGCGAUCAUGACACGAGGAGUAACGACGGGACAAUUUCCAACUAAUCAUUUUAAUUCUAAUAAACCUCGGGCAAAGAGUUGGAACGAAGCUUUGUCGGAUUUGAGUGAAGAAGCAAAGGCUUUGACAGAAGCUUUGGAGGCACAUGCGGAGGAUGAAGAAAGAAGGGAUUCUGAUACUCAUAAUUACCAUCGUUCAGCCAAGCCAACCCGAGUGAAAUCAUCAUUCGCCGAAUUACCUCCAUUACGAAGAACUGAACUGAUGAUUGAUCCGCUACCUAUAUCAAAGGAGAAGGAAGCCGUUCUUUCGAGGACGAGGCCAUCAUGGCUUCCGCCAAAGGAUCCAGCUGAGGAAAGACGACAUCUCAAAGAAUAUCAAAAGAUGAUGGCAUCAGCAGAGAAAGUGGAGCGUCAGAGAGAAUCCGAAAAACGUAGCAAAUCAACUUGCAGAGAUGACACAGCAAGUUCUUUGUUACGGAUUUGGGAAGAACAUGUUUUACCCAAUUGGGAUGAUGUGAUAAGACAACGAAGAACGAGAGAAUUAUGGUGGAGAGGCAUAGCGCCAAGAAGUCGUGGAGCCGUGUGGUUAAGAGCGAUUGGAAAUCCCUUGGGGUUAUCUGAUUCAUCAUAUACUGCUGCUCUUCGAAGAGCUCAAGCUUUAGAAACGAAAAUCAAGAGCGGUUCCCAAUUAAAUGCGGAAGAGGAGAGGAAGAAAGGUUGGCUUGAACGAAUUGAGAGAGAUGUCAAGGAGACAUAUCCUGAAUUACGAAUAUUUCAACCCGAAGGUCCUUUGCAUGUGGCAUUAAUGGAUGUUCUCAAAGCUUAUUCCAUGUACAGGAGUGAUGUGGGUUACGUACAUGGAACAAGUACAAUCGCAGCCAUACUUCUUCUCAACCUUCCCGAUCCUUCCUCGUCUUUUCAAGCUCUCUCAAAUAUUCUCAAUCGACCUCUUCCUCUGUCCUUCCACACCAAUGACUCCGGCGCCAUCUCUCGUGUUUAUGACCUCUUCCUCACCACUCUAUCACAAAAGUUUCCACGUCUUCAUUCUCAUCUCACAUCGGAAGAAUUAAACUUUAAUCCAGAUGUUUACCUUCGUGAUACGUUUGUAUCUCUAUUCACAAGCUCGAUAUCCUUUGAUAAUGCGAGUAGAUUAUGGGAUGUAACAGUUUUUGAAGGCGAUUCAGUAUUGGUUAGAGCGGCGGUGGCACUUUUUGGAUCUUUGGAAAGUAAACUUCAUAGCGUUAGUAAUGAUGAAGAAAUUUUGGAAGUUCUUCGAGGGGGAAUUGGUGCUGAGGGAAUGGGAGAAGAGGAUUGGAUUACAGCUGUUAGAGGAGCUGGGAAGUCGUGA